AUGGCUGAACGUGAUAUCUCUCCCAAUGCGGCUGAAACCCGGAUUCCACAGGUAGAAUCACAUGGUGGUCAAGAUAAGCAGAGCAUGGAUGGAAAUAUGAACGGCUUACUGAAUGCUCAAGAUGCGAAAGCUCCAGAGGUCCGAAGCCCAGCGGGCUCAAAAACAGAGAAAGUCUCAUCUGGAGAUAAAAUUGUUGAGGAGAAGAAGAAGCAGCCGUCGAAAGUCAAGGAACUAUGGGGGAAAUUGGGAUUGGAUAUGGGAACUGUAAUGAUGAUGUUUAAGGUCAAUUCCGCCGACGAUUG